CCUGCGCUGGCACCGAUGGCUUUGUUGUGGCUGCUCGUCCUGCUGGCCCUGGCUGGGCCCGUGGGGGGCACCUGGGACACCUGCAGAGGCACCUGCGGGCUCCGGCCCUUGGAUUCUGACCGCAGCACUGCUGAUGACACGUCCCAUGUGGGUGGCACCAGUGUCCAGCCAGGGGCCUGGCCCGGCAUCGUCAGCAUCCAGGCCACCUGGGAGAACGGCACGUGGCACAUGUGCACGGGUGUCCUCCUCAGCUCCCAGUGGGUCCUCACGGUCGCACACUGCUUCGCCAGGGCCGGGGGCAUCUCCAUGUGGGACGUGGUGAUAGGGGCCUCAGAUCUGAGACAGCCAGGCCCCGAGGCUGUGGUGAGACGCAUCCAGAGGCUCCUGGUGCACCAGCACUACGUGGCUGCCACGGCCAGGAACGACAUCGCCCUGGUGGAGCUGAACCAGCCCGUGGAGUGCAGCGACUACAUCCAGCUGGGCUGUGUGCCCGACGCCUCGCUCAGGGUCUCAGAGCUGAAAUCCUGCUACAUCGCCGGCUGGAACUUUGCCAGAACUCAGGGAACAGGCAUGGUGCUGCAGGAGUCCAAGGUCCACCUCAUGGACACGGAGCUCUGCAACAGCAGCCGGUGGUACGCGGGGGCCGUUCAUGCUGGCAACCUGUGUGCUGGCUACCCACACGGUACUAUUGACACCUGCCAGGGGGACAGUGGGGGUCCCCUCGUCUGCAAGGACAACAGAGCUGACUACUACUGGCUGGUGGGCUUGAACAGCUGGGGAAGAGGCUGUGACAGAGCCAGGCACCCCGGGAUCUACACCUCCACUCAGCACUUCUACAACUGGAUCCUGAUCCAGACGAGCCUGAGCCCUGCAGACAUAAGUGGUACGGCACCGGAGCCGAACUGCGCCCCGACUCCUGAGCCGGAGGUCACCAUGACUUCUGAGGAGUCCCCGACGCCAGGGCCAGAGCCAGAGGCAGAAACAAUGCCAACAUCAGUGCCAGAGCCGACGCCAGAGCUGGUGGUGCCAGGGCCAGAGCUGACUCCAGAGCCGACGCCAGAGGUGGAGCUGGUAACAGACACGACAUCAGUGCCAGAGCUGGUAACAGAGCUGAUGCCAGAGCCGGAGCCUGUGCCAGAGCCAACCCCAGAGCCAGAGCUGGUGCCAGAGCCGGAGCCUGUGCCAGAGCCAACCCCAGAGCCAGAGCUGGUGCCAGAGCCGGAGCCUGUGCCAGAGCCAGCCCCAGAGCCAGAGCUGGUGCCAGAGCCGGAGCUAGUGCCAGAGCCAACCCCAGAGCCAGAGCUGGUGCCAGAACCGGAGUUGGUGCCACAGCCAACCCCAGAGCCAGAGCUGGUGCCAGAACCGACACCAGUGCCAGUGCUAGAUCCAAUGCCAGAGCCGACGCCAGAACCGACGCCAGUGCCGACGACAGUCCCGGUGCCAGAGCCAUCGCUAGUGCCAGAGUCAACGGUAGGUCCAGAGCCGACACCAGAGCCAGAGCAGGAGCCGGAGUUGGUGCCUGAGCCGGAGCCAGAGCUGGUGCCAGAGCCAACACCAGAGCCAGCCAUCCCCCCGGUGCCCGAGGAGCCGGCGCCAACACCGGAACCAGAACCGGCACCGGACCCGGACAGGCUUCUGCUGAUCUCGGUGCCGUACCAGAGCCUGGUGCAGUUCUGCGACCUGCUCAGGGAUUUCCUGCAGUUCCUGAGGGACCAGCUGGGCUGA